ACAGAUAACCAGCAGAAAUACUAAUUGCGAAUGAUGAAUAUAUUUUACAUUUACUUCAAAUGUGAUGCCGAUUUGUAGCAUGGCGUUUGCAUUAAAAAGCACACUUCACGUUAACAGAAAAUUAUUAUCAGUUGGACAGGUAUUUGUGCGAACGAUGGCUAAUAGUUAUCUCGUAAACGACUCUAAAUAUUCUUUUCUUAAAGAACUUGGAUUGGAAACCGUCAAUUACGGCGUUUAUGACGGCCAGUGGAAAGGAUCGGGAGAUACAGCAAAGUCAAUUUGCCCGAGCAAUGGUAAAGUUAUUGCAGAAGUCAAACGAGGGUCUCUUCAGGAUUAUGAGUCUUGUGUAAGAGCAGCUGAAAAUGCAUGGCAAUAUUGGGCCGAAGUUCCCGCUCCAAAAAGAGGAGAAAUUAUUCGUCAAAUUGGGAAUGCAAUCAGAGAUAAGCUAGAACCUUUAGGAAAACUAGUUUCACUGGAAAUGGGUAAAAUUUUAGCGGAAGGUCGGGGAGAAGUUAUUGAAUUCAUUGAUAUAUGUGAUUACGCUGUUGGUCUUUCCAGAACAAUAUCAGGAAAUGUUUUUCCAUCAGAAAGACCAGGUCACGAUUUAAUGGAACGAUGGAAUCCCCUUGGGCUUGUUGGUAUUAUAACAGCUUUUAAUUUCCCUAUAGCAGUCUACGGAUGGAAUAGUGCUAUUGCUCUUGUUUGUGGGGACACACUGCUAUGGAGAGGUUCUGAGACAACACCAUUAGUUUCGGUGGCAACAACCAAAAUUGUUUCCGAAGUUCUAACAAGGAACAAUCUUCCAGGUGCUAUUUCAACAUUAUGUUGUAGUGGUAUUGAUGUGUCUAGAGCCAUGACACAAGAUCCUAGGAUUAAACUGUUAUCUUUCACGGGAAGUACUCAAGUUGGAGAACAGAUUGGUGUCGAAGUCCAAAGGAGAUUUGGUAAACUCCUCUUAGAAUUAGGGGGUAACAACGCAUUCGUUGUGGCAUCAGAUGCUGACCUCAACAUGGUCAUUCAAGCACUCGUUUUUGCCUGCGUGGGUACAGCAGGACAAAGAUGCACUUCGACUAGACGUUUGAUUCUACAUAAAUCUGUGUACAAUGAAGUUUUACAGCGUCUUAAAAAAGCAUAUGAAAAAGUUUUUAAUAGAAUCGGAGACCCUCUCGAAUCCAAUACCCUCAUCGGGCCCUUACACAGUCAGAAAUCAUUGGAUAACUAUAAAAGUGCAAUAGAAGCUAUUAUUAAGGCGGGGGGAAAAAUCGAAUUUGGAGGAAAGAUCAUUAACAGACCAGGGUACUUCGUUGAACCUACGAUUGUAACAAAUCUGAAAGCCGAUCAUCCCCUUGUUCAAAGUGAAUGUUUCGCGCCUAUAGUUUAUGUACUUGAAGUUAAUAGCAUUGAAGAAGCUAUAAGAUAUAACAAUAACGUUCCCCAAGGAUUAUCGUCAACACUAUUUACACAAAGUAUCGAAAACUUUUACAAGUGGAUUGGCCCGAAAGGCUCCGACUGCGGAAUCGUUAACGUAAACGUAUCAACCUCGGGUGCUGAAAUUGGGGGCGCGUUUGGUGGUGAGAAACACACAGGAGGGGGAAGAGAGUCCGGAAGUGACGCAUGGAAACAAUAUAUGCGAAGAUCCACAAUUACCGUUAAUUACUCAAAAGAAAUGCCUUUGGCUCAAGACAUAUCUUUUGAUUAAAUUAAUAUUAUAAGUAAUAAAUAAUAUUAAGUUUAUUUCCACUAUUUCCGGUCACGUAUUCAAUUUCUUUUUCUUAAUUAAAAAAUGCCUUAAUUAA